GAUAAACCAGAAAAACAACAACAACAACAACAACAUCAACAUGAUUCAAUACAAUAAUAAUUAAAAAAACAACAAGUCUACAAAAUUACUAACAGCUUAAAAUAUUUAUUUUAUCAAUCUAUAUUACAUAUUUCAUUCUUUAAAUAAUUUCAUUAUCAAAUCAAUUUUCUGCUUGUCAUUCAGUUAAAUAUUGAAAAAAUGCCAGAUAUUUUGAGUAAAAUACCUGAAUUUUCAUGGCCAAUUGCAUUUGCAAUUGUUCAUCCUAAUGUUGGUGGUAUACUUGGUGGAUUUAUAACAAGAAAAAAUAUUAAUCCAUGGUACCAGUCAUUAAAGAGACCAAAUUGGACACCACCAAAUUGGCUAUUUGGUCCAGUUUGGACAAGUAUUUAUUCAUCACUCGGUUAUGCAUCAUAUUUGGUUUAUCGUGAUAUCCCAAGUAUUGAUAAUUCAUCAAUACUUCCAUUGACUCUUUAUGCAACAAAUUUGGCAUUAAAUUGGUCAUGGACACCAAUUUUUUUUGGUCUACAUAAAAUAGACUGGGCAUUAUACAACAUCAUGGCACUUUGGAUCAACACAGCAACACUUGGUUUUGUUUAUUACAAAAUAAAUCAUACUGCUGGUUUAUUAAUUAUUCCUUAUGUUGCUUGGAAUACAUUAGCAACAGCAUUAAAUUACGUUGUUUAUCGUGAUAAUAAAAAUGAUUUAUCAAUUGAAGAAAUAAAAGAAGAAUAAUAUUUAUCAUCUAAAAAUAAAAACAAAUUAUUAAUGACAAUAAAUAAAUUAUUGUUUAUAUAUUUUUUAUUUACUUUAUAUAAGAAAUAAAGAUUAAUAAAUCACGAGUACAUUUUUUUUUUUUUUUUCACAAUAAUAUAAUAAUAAUAUAUUAAAUUAAAUCAUCAAACUUAUAUAUAUAUAUUUUUUUUUCUUUUAAAUAAUAAAAAUAAUAAUCAAAAAAAACAAUAUAUUACUUAUUUUUUUUCUUUGUUCUUUUUUUUUUUUUUUGUUUUUUUCUUAAUUUUAAAUUCUAAUUGUUAAACUGUUU